AUGGGGGUGGAGAAGAAACGACUUCGUGAAGAUAAAACAAGGGCCAAAAACUGGAAGAGAUGGGGCCCGUACCUUGCAGAACGACAGUGGAGCACUGUGAGGGAGGAUUAUUCCGCAGACGGUAAUUGUUGGGAUUAUUUCCCCCACGAUCAUGCCCGAUCUCGAACGUAUCGGUGGGGUGAGGAUGGGCUAAUGGGUAUCACAGACAGACAAUGUCGGCUAUGCCUAGGUAUAUCAUUAUGGAACACUAAAGACAGGAUUCUAAAAGAGAGACUGUUUGGAUUGACAGGUAUGCAGGGAAACCAUGGCGAGGACGUGAAAGAGUUAUAUUACUAUCUAGAUAGUACUCCAACACAUUCCUAUAUGAAGAUGUUAUAUAAAUAUCCUCAUGCCGAGUUCCCAUACAAUCAGUUAGUCCACGAGAAUGGGAAACGAACCGUCCUAGAUCGAGAAUACGAGAUUACUGAUACUGGUGUCUUUGAUAACGAUGAAUAUUGGGAUGUGAAGGCAGAGUAUUGUAAAGCGUCACCUAACGACAUCCUGGGUCGUUAUACUAUAUAUAACAGGGGCGAUAACCCAGAAACCAUCUAUGUCUUACCUAAUUUAUGGUUUCGAAACGUUUGGUCGUGGGGCGAUGAUUGUGAUGCGUGGUCUCCGGUGAAGCCGUUUAUGUUUCAAGAUAAUUCUGGUAAAGUAAUCUGUCGACUUGCUGAUAUGGGGGAGUUUAAAUUUGAAGUGGACGUGGAUCAGAAUGGUGAGAAACCAGAAAUUAUUUUUACCGAGAAUGAAACUAACUAUAAAAGAUUAUUUGGUGGUCACAAUACUUCAAGAUAUGUUAAAGAUGCUUUCCAUAACUACAUCAUUCACGGAGAUAGGCACGCUGUGAAUCCGGAUAAAGAAGGGACGAAAUGCGCCGCUGUAUAUAAACUAUGUAUUAAUGGUGGAGAAUCUUGCACACUCAGAGUUAGACUAUAUUUAACUGAGGAGACGCCAACCCAGACCUUUCAGUCGUUUGAUCAGAUAUUCCGGGAUAGAAUCCACGAUGCUAAUGAGUUUUAUGACGAUAUCUUACCUUUUAAACACGUAACAGAAAGAAAUGUAGUGCGGCAAGCCUACGCGGGGCUGUUAUGGAGUAAACAGUUUUACCAUUACGUAGUGAAGGAAUGGCUUCAGGGUGAUAAAAACCACCCCAGACCUCCCCAUGAACGAUGGAAAGGCAGAAAUCACGACUGGUUACAUCUCUUUAAUAGGGAUGUCAUUUCUGUCCCCGACAAGUGGGAAUACCCCUGGUAUGCGUCCUGGGACUUAGCGUUCCACAUGAUCCCGUUUGCUAAUGUUGAUAUUAAUUUUGCCAAAGAUCAGAUGAUACUAUUUCUCAGAGAGUGGUAUAUGCAUCCUAAUGGACAGAUACCAGCAUACGAGUUUAGUUUUGAAGAUGUGAACCCUCCGGUACAUGCCUGGGCCUGUCUCAAUGUCUACAGAAAGUCAGGAGACAAAGGUCAUCGUGACGUUACAUUCCUUGCCCGCUGCUUCCAUAAAUUGGUUUUGAAUUUUACCUGGUGGGUAAACCGAAAAGAUCCGACUGGUAAACAUGUAUUCUCUGGUGGAUUUCUAGGGUUAGACAAUAUCGGAUUAUUUGAUCGAUCGAAACCUCUACCAACAGACGGAUAUUUGUUGCAAGCAGAUGCCACUGCGUGGAUGGCGUUUUACUGUUCCACUAUGUUGGAUAUUAGCCUGUCCCUGGCCAAAAGAGAUGUAAUUUACGAGGACAUGGCCAGUAAAUUUUUUGAACAUUUUGUGUCUAUCGUCGACGCCAUGAACAGAAACAGCAAUCGAGGCUUAUGGAAUGAAGCGGACGGCUUUUAUUACGAUCAUAUACACAGCAAUGGACGAAGUAUACCGCUGAAAGUUCGCUCUAUGGUGGGAUUGGUUCCACUUUUUACUUGUUUUGUCUUGAAAGAAACAGAACUCAGACGACACCCAGGGUUUUAUAAAAGAACUAAGUGGUUUUUGGAUCAUCGGAAAGAUAUCGCUGACAAGAUAUCAUUUAUGGAAGCUGGUGGACAAGGCGAGACUCUAUUAUUAGCUAUUGUAACCAGAGAUAAACUUAUUAAGAUACUUAGUUAUAUACUAGAUGAAGAUGAAUUUCUUUCUCCGUAUGGAAUCCGCUCUCUUUCUAAGGUCCAUGACAAGCAUCCGGUACAUCUAUUAUUAAAUGGUGUGGAAUAUAGCGUGAAUUACUGUCCGGGGGAGUCCAGAACUAAAUUAUUUGGUGGUAACAGUAACUGGAGGGGUCCAAUUUGGUUACCGAUGAAUUAUCUAUUAAUUGACAAUCUGCAGAGAUAUGAUUAUUUUUAUGGAGACACCCUACAAGUAGAAUGUCCAACAAGAUCUGGUAAAUUUAUGAGAUUAAAAGAUGUUGCUAGAGAACUGGCUACUCGAAUAUCCAGACUUGUUGUACCUGAUGUAUAUGGAUAUAGAGCUUGUCAUGGUGACGACGAUAGAUAUGCUAAAAAUCCACAUUUUAAAGAUCUGGUUUUAUUUUAUGAAUAUUUCCACGCCGAGACUGGAAGAGGAUGUGGUGCUAGUCAUCAAACUGGUUGGACGGCGUUGGUAGUAAAUUUAUUAAAAUCAUCACACGAUAAUUCUUCCUUAUCUUCAGAUUCAACUGGCUCGCUCUGUAGCGGGGAUAUAAAUGGACAUUCUGUUAUCUAA